UCACAAAACAACUCAGCCAAGACUUUUUCUUUUUUCUUUUUUUUUUAACUUAUUUCCAAUCCUUUAAAAGUUGCUGUCAACGAGCCACUUUCUCUGCUUUCUGUAGAGAAGUUGAAUCCCAGGAGCUGAGCUGCCAGGAGGAAAAAGUGAAACUAACCCUGUGUUCAUACAGUGAGUACUGACGCUGUCCUGGACUUCCCUUUGGAGCGAGGAAUUUGAUUCAUAUCAGCAGCUGCAGCUGUUUCUACUUAUGCUGACACGACAACGAUUUUUCCUCUCUUCAGUUCUGAACAGUCUGUACUUGCUCCAGGGAAACAUCCAGAUGUGUGAGAGCAAUGAGGAAACAAAGAGCUGCAGUUUGGUGACGUUUAAUUAAUGAACCUCAACUGAAAAGACUGAGAGGAAAAAAAACUGGAUUUGUACAUUCAUAUUAUUUUACACGUAUUAUCUUGCAGCUCUUCUGUGUUGUCAGCAGGACGAGAGCGAUCGGGAGAGAAAUCCAUCCGAACACCAAAGUGAUGUCCCGUCAAAUGUUCUGUUCUUCUUCUUCAUAUCAGUGUCACGAGAGGAGCUGGAGCCCAGGCCCAGCAGUCACCAGCUGGAGAACUCCGUACAGAGGAACGGUGGGACGGAACCAACAAAUGGAUGAAUUUGGUCGGAUAAACUUCACCAGAAAACGCAUCAAUAAAACAGAUCUCCCGCCUGAAGCCUUCCAGCUCCUCACCCUCCACCAGCAGCUUCACUGUCACCGCUGACAGAAUAAUCUAACUCGAUGCUGAAGAAGGACGUCUCCAUUAAUCCACCACCAGGGGGUCUUUAUUGGUCCUGUGGGUCAGACUGUGGCCAUCGGUCCACACGACCUUCCACCAUCUCACCAUCUGAAUUAAGCAGCAGCCUCCCUCUCCUCCUCCUCCCCCUCUUGGCUGCCACAGAAAAACCACACAGCCCUGAGCCGGGCGGACUGCAGACAGAGGAGACGCUCCAUCCAACAACAACAGCAGGAGGAAGAGGAGGAAGAGGAGGAGGAGCAGGGAAAACUUUUGGCCGACAGAGUGCAUCCAGGCUGCUGAGUGCUGCGGGCAUGUGCAGCUGAAGUGGCCGUUGUUUGUGUGGCCCUUUAUGGAUUAUCGAUAAGUGCAAAAAAAAAGAAGAAGAAGAAGAAGGGAGCGCGUUCUUGGCUUCUAAAUUAUUUAUCCGUAAAGUGGCGGCGGGGAUGCGAGUGAGACGCCACAGCGGCGACGAUCGGCCGCUCUGAACCCGAGCAGCCACCGGCAGAUGAUGCCCGGGUGUGAGAGCGCUUCCCGGGGAGACGAAGGAGAGGACGAAGGAGGAUGAGGAAGGAGGGAGGGGGAUCGGGAGCGGCAGAGGAGGAAUAUAAUGAAGUUGAGUGGAAAAGGACUGUGCACCGUCUUCUCCAGCAGCCUCCUCUUCGUGUGCGCCCUGAGCGAAGUUGUGAUUGGAUUAAGAUGCGUCUCGCUGGGAUCCACGGUGAAAGCGCAUUUCCACCUCGGCUCCACCGCCGGGGCUUUUUACUCCGGGCUACUUGUGGGAGUCGGGCAGAUCCUGCUGGGCUCCGCGCUGCUCUGCUGCGUGGACAAGCCCGGCUGCAGGAAUUUCUUUCUCCUGGGUGUUGUGGUCUUCCUGCUCGGAGUCCUCACCGCCUUCUCCGGGGCGGUGGUGGACGGGGACACGGCGUCUGUGGUGGAAAGGAAAUAUUCACAUUACUGCUACCACUACGUGUUCGUGAGCCCCGCGUGCGAGCAGCUGAGGGAGUACCAGCGGAGCCUGGUCAUCUCCACGGUCCUCAGCACCCUGGAGUGUGUGCUGGGGCUCAUCAACCUGCUGGUCAUCAAGAGGUACAAGUUCUCCCGGAGCAGACAGUGUCAGCGGCAGAGGCGGACUCUCUUCAGUGAGGAGCGGGACUGCUCCUCCGCGGACUUCCAGCCCGUUUCCUACAUCAACCUCGGGGUCUUCAGUGUGUUCGAUGAGACCGCUGAGGUGCAGAGUGCCGGACACCCGUCCAUAGAGCUGCCCGGAUACGCGCCCGCGGACCCGGAGCUCAAUCACUGCUUCCCUUUCUCCUGCCCGCUCCCCACUGAACUACCGCCCGCGUACGAGGACAUUUUCCCCGCAGAGGCAUGCAACACAUAGCCGCUGUGGCCGCUGGGUCAGAGCGCGGCAGUGUCGCCCUCUGUCUGUGACAAUCACCGACUUUGUGCUUUAACCAUUUUUCCCUCGUGUCCUUAGAAUAAGACAGCAGCAGGCCCCCCCCCCCCCCCCCCCCCCCUCCCCCCCCCCCCCCCCCCCACCCCCCCCCUCC